GUGAGCUCAGAGCAGCUCAGCCCAGGGGGGGCUGCUGAGGGACAGGAGGAGGGGAAACGGGCUCCAACUGCCCCAGGGGAGGUUGAGAUUGGAGCUGAGGGAGAGCUUUUGCCCCUGAGAGGGGCGUCAGCCCCUGUGCCAGGCUGCUUGCCCACGAGGGCACGUUGCUGGCUCAUGUUCCAUUGAAACAUAAGGAAAACUUAUUUCCCUGUGAGCUGCGGGAGCCCUGGCCCAGGCUGCCCAGGGAGGGUGUGGAGGCUCCUUCCUUGGAGCUCUUCGACACUCCCCUGGAUGAGUUUCUGUGUGCCCUGACCUAGGUGGGAGCUGCUUCUGCAGGGGGGGUUGGACUGGAUGAGCUCUAGUGGUCCCUUCCAGCCCCCACCAUGCUGGGAUGCUGUGAACAGCUUUGCUGGGCAUCCCUCACCCAGCCAGCGCUAAACCAGCCCCCAGGCGCAGCACAGCCCCGUCCCCCGCUCCCCUCCAGCUCCUCGCUGCCUCCCCUGCAGCAGCACAGCCCGGAGGAGCACGAGGCAAAGCUCGGUCGGUUCCAUGUUUCCCGCUGCAGCAGCUCCGCGUUCGCCACCCGCCGGCCCUCAGACACCUCUCCUGUUCUCUACAACUUACUGAAGAGGAUGGAGAGUGGUUCAGCUGUCUCCAGCUCCCUCAGCACCCGUGGGUGCAUCCCAUUGGGGCCCAUGGACUGAUGCACAUCCAGACUGCUCAGCUGAUCCUGAACCCAGUCCUCAGCAACCAAACACAACUCCUCCUGUAACCUGGCUUCAGUCUGAGGCUCCUGAGGACAGUCUCCAGCAGCAAAGGCAGCAUUCAGGAACUCUGCCUUCUCUGUACCCUCUGUCACCAGGCACCUGGGGCAAGGGCAGAGUCCUGCAGCUGAGGAGGAACAAGCCCAGCACCAGCACAGGCUGGGAGUGACCUGCUGGAGAGCAGCUCUGGGACAGGGACCUGGGAAUGCUGGUGGGCAGCAAAGGGAAUGUGGGGCAACAAUGUGGGCUCGUGGGCAAGGAGCCAGUGGCAGCCUGGGGGGCAUGAAGAGAGUGUGGGCAGCAGGGCCAGGGACGUUGUGCUGCCCCUCUGCUCUGCCAGAGCUGGGGAGGCCUCAGCUGGAGUCCUGGGGCCAGUGCUGGGCUCCCCAGCUGCAGAGAGACAGGGAAGUGCUGCAGAGAGGCCCAAGGUGCUGGUGUGGGAUGAGGGAGGGAGCCCUGGCCCAGGCUGCCCAGGGAGGGUGUGGAGGCUCCUUCUCAGGAGGUUCCCGACCCCAGCUGGACACACUCCUGUGCCCCCUGAUCUAGUGAAAACCUCCCUCUCCAGGCACCAGUGUGAAGCCAUGGGGAGAGCAAUGACACGGGGGCACAGGGGCAGACAGACAGAAGGAGAUGGGGAUGUGAAGACAUGGGGUGCUGGGACAUGGGGAUAUGGGAGACAGGGACAUGGGGGAGGGCUGGAGGACACAGGGGGAUGGAUGGAUGGACAUCAGGACACGUGGGACAGGGGGACAUGGGAAUGGAUGGACACAGGGGCCACGGGAACAUGGGGAUCUGGGGCACUGGCAUGGAGCCACCAACGCUGCGUGGGGACACGUCCUGAUGUAAAUAGCAGGCAGGGCUGUGGCCGUGGUAUGUCACUGGGCAGAGGGCUGGGCACAUGCUGUGACACGUGUGCCAGUGCCACGCAGCCCUGGGGCAACUGGCACGGCCAGAGCUGGCCACUGUGGCUAUUUUUACCUGGUCCUGCUGGCACCCUCAUCUCCAUCCUCUGCCAAGGGGUAGGGGCUGGGGACAGGGUGGGCAGAGGCAGAGGGCAGCCCUGUGCUGCACAGAGGGCACAGCGACCUGUUGGCCUGGGUGGGUUGGUUCUGUACUGGGACAGACUGGGGCAAAAAGCUGUGGCACAGCCAUUCCUGUGCCAUGGCACGGCUGCCCCACGACAUGGCUACUGCUGCCCCACACACAGCACAGCUCUGGCUGCUCUGGCUGUCCGUGCCAAGCUGUGCCGUGCCAGUUGCCCACCCCAUGCCCCCCGUUCCCCACCCUCGGCCCCGCUGUGCGUCAGCACCCUCCCCACGGCGGGGGCGGGGGGGACACACAGAGGGACCCUUGUUGUGUGCUGCCGUGGCCCCCCCCAGCCUCGUGCCUCAAUGUGGCCCUUGUUCAGCACCAGCCCUUGGUGUCCCUGCUCCCAUUUACUCUGAGGCUGCAGAAAGGGGACAAGGAGGGGACCCCACACCAGCCUGGGGGGGUAUGGGUGUGUGUGUCCCAGAGCCCCCGGCUGAGACAGAGACCUCAGAUACCAUCACCCCUCACUGCCAAGCUUGGCUUUGCCAACAGCCACGUCCCCGGGGACACGGGGAGAGGACGGGAUGGGGACCCUGUCACGCUUCCCGGCUAUUUUGGGGAGGAUAAAUCAGGCAGCGACAGGUGCUGGGGCUGCAGCAGCCGCCGCCGGGGUGAGUGACGGUUCAAGGGCAGCGGCGUGGGCAACGUGCACCCCGGCUCUGUGUGUGUCUGUGUCUGUCCCCUU